AUGGCUUCUCAACGAUCGAGCCUCGCAGUUCCACCAACCCAGAAUACCGCGCCAGUGAUCAAAUUCCAAUGCCUUUUCACCCACGAUAUCAGGCGGAAAGCGAAAAGAUGGCAGGAUGGAUUCCUCCGAUUUCACACCUUUAACAAACGUGUUAUGGUUUAUGAUCCUACUGGGAACCUGGUUGGAGAUUUGCACUGGCGAGAUCGUGACAUGCUGCAGGAUGGGGAUGAGUUCGAACUGGAGAGAGGUGUCCUGGUCCAAGCUGGUGAACAGCUUGAGAGCACAGUAACCGAUUUGACGGAACUCCUCGAGAAACGGAAGCCAUCCCCCACCAAACAAAAACCCUCUCAAGCCCACACACGGAAUAGCAAUACAGGACUGCCAAGCGAUUUCAAAGCUCCUUUUCUGUCCAGCGGUUCGUCCAUGAAGUCUCUGAACGAAGUGCUUGGAAUUAAGAAGAGUAUACAACCGACAAAAGUGAUAAGGUCACCCUAUGAAGAGCGGGAGCGAUUGAACAGAAGCAUAUGCGAAUCUGAGGAGAGACCGGCCAAGAAGCGAAAACCAUCUCCCGGCUGUGAGCGGGCAGAUCCAUCUACGCUGUCACCUUCACCACCGCCAACAAAGAUUCCUGGAAAGACAUCGAAGAUCAAUGUGGAAGAAGCGGUUAAUAGCAGGCCCCGCAAAACCCUAGGCACUGAACGUCGAACUCUAGGUGGGGUCACAAGCCUGUGUAAUAAGAUAUCAAAUGAAAGCCGCCCUGGAUUUGCAUCAGCCUCAACCGCAUCAUUCCGGCCUGCGAGCACAGUUGAGGUGGAGCCAGUCUCCACCAAGGACCGUCGAAAAAAAUCUAGUAAUAAAGUACCGACAAAUCAGAAAUCUCUUACAUCCAUGUUUGGCAAUGUACCCACGACGACCCUUGAAGUUGCGCCCAGGCAGCCUCGCAACCAACUUAUAUUUGUUGACAAACUUGCCGAACAACAAGCCAAGGCAAGAGAAAAGAGAAAACUCACUGACAAUGCAAUUCUAAAUUCUGAAUCAUCCAAGAAAGUAGAAGGCCCCAAGGCCUCACCUGCCUUGGUGCCAAGGGACAAGAAUAUAACCUCGUGCCAAUCUACAGCACAAUUUCUUAACAAUGAGAGUAAUGACGGUGAGGGCCCUCGUGUGCAACAAAAAGCAACGAGCUUACUGGGAUUUUUCAAGCCAGCUGCGGUUAAUGCCCAAGAACAAGAGACUCAGCAUGACGAUAAUGAGGGUAUGGUACCGGACUCAAAGUCUCCUGGCCCUAAGCAGCAGAAAUCUCAUAAUAUCCAGCGGAGUCUCUCCGCUACAGAUUCUAUGUCUGUGAAAGCCGCAACUUCGGCCCAAUUUCCAGUACCGGAAGAGGCUAUAUCUCAGAUUGGACUGAGGGAACCAAAAAACGGACUACCAAAUAAUGGAUCACUUGAAAGGUCAAAAUCAGACAUGUCGACGUCAAACCCACCCCGGCCUGUGCCUAAAAAACGAGUUAUCCAGACGAAGCUUUUCCCAGACCGACUUCUAAACCUACCACCCAUCGAUGAACCAGAGGUUGAAGUCGAACAAGGGCCCUGGACAUCUGAAGCGCUGGAUUUGUUCGAUUGGUGGCCCCCAGAUCGACCUAAACCCGCGCUUAGAAGCAUUCCCCUAUAG